CAUAUUAUCACCGAUGACAAUGAAGAUAAAUUUUUAUUGUCUGAUUUUUAAAAUAUAAAAUGAUUACGGUCCCUGGUUUGGAUGUCAUUUGAGGCCGACCACCCCAUCUGCAGGUAGCCUCACCCUGGAAUAGAGUCAGGUGUCAGCUUGAUUGAUGACAUUAAAAAUACCUUAAUUAAUAAUGAUGGAUUGGUACCUAAUGUACGAGUAUUACUUCCUUUGAGCAGGUAUCCUGGCACCUACCAUUCACAUUUCGACGGCGUUCGGCAACAGUUGCACAUUUCGUGGCUAUAGUUGCAUGUUAGUGAAUCAACUGAUUCCCGGUUACAAAGCUUCAGGAAGAUCAAUUUCAAUUGAUUGGAUUGGAAUUUAGUCGUUCUGCUGUCCUUCCCUAGGUUGCUGAUUGCAAGUGGUCUGCCAUUUACAUAAUUCUUCUUUUGAUUAGCGUAACAAAUGCAUAAUUGCCACGUUCUGAUAACCUAAUCGAUUCCCUAUCUAUCCAGCUACAGAUAUAGUCAGAUAUCCAUCGGACACUCGCACUCACAGAUACGCAGUCGAUUAGUCGAGUUGUCAAGCCCUUGCCAUGGACACACUGAGAGCUUUGGGGCCGAUGCAUCGCGUCUGUCAGGUAUGCAACCUGUGGCAGUGGCGCCUGGACAAGGAGAGCGGACUCCUCCAUCGCUCGCACUGGCUGGAGCUUUAUGGCUGGACGGUGCUGGUGGCGGCCGGCGGCUACACGGCCUAUGGCCUCUUUCAGGAGAGCAGCGGAAGUGAGGAUUCAGAAGAUAUUGGGGAUGCCGAGACGACCAUCAGCAGCAUUGGGCACACGGUGGACUUCAUCCAACUGGUGGGUAUACGGGUGGCGCACAUGGCCGCGCUGCUGGAGGCGCUAUGGCAGCGACAGGCGCAGUGCGAUUUUUAUGCGGAGCUGGCCGAGAUCGACCGUCAGCUAGCCAGGGACCUUCAGAUGAACGUCGACAGCAGACAGCUGCGUCGGCGCACCACCCGCCGGGCGAUGUGGAUGCUUUGCGGCUACGCGGCCAGCCAGACCCUAAUAUUGGUGGCGAAGCUACUGGCUCCGCGUCACCAGUUCCCGAUCUACUGGAUCCAGUACCUUCUACCCAUGUUCGUGUGCGGCCUAAGGUAUUUUCAGAUCUUCAGCGCCGUGCAUAUUGUGGCCCAGCGCCUGGAACUACUGCUCGAUGCCCUCCAAACGCUACAGUUACACGAUUCGGAGGCAGAGGCGGAGGCCCCAGAGGCAUCAAUGGAGCGCCUAGUACCUGUGCGGCAGCUUUACCAAAAGGUGUGGAUCCUCGUAGCCCUGCUUAACCGCAGCCACGGCCUCUCCAUACUGCUCCUGGUGGGCAACGACUUCCUGGCUAUUACUUCCAACUGCUACUGGAUCUUUCUCAACUUCCGCCAGUCAGCGGCAUCGCCGUACGACAUCCUUCAGAUCAUUGCUAGCGCCGUGUGGUCCGCACCGCAUCUUGGAAACGUCCUGGUUAUCUCCCUGAUCUGCGACCGAGCUGCGCAAUGUGUGAGUAGACAAAGCAGGGGUGAGUCUCCCUUCUCCACUUUGUCCCUUUCAGGCUACCCGCUUGGCCCUGAGCCUGCACCAGGUCAGCGUGGAUUUGACGAACGAGUUGCACAAUGCCCUGAUCACCCAGUUCUCGCUACAGCUCCUCCACCAGCGCCUAUAUUUCAGCGCCGCCGGAUUUUUCAACGUCGACAAUACGCUCCUCUAUACGAUUGUGGGCGCGACAACCACAUACCUGAUUAUCCUGAUACAGUUCCACAUGAGCGAGUCCACGAUGUCCAACGGAUCGAGCGGAGACUGAAGACCCGAUGGCAGCUCUUUGAUGCGCAGACUCCUUUCUGGAAAUACACAAUAUAAUACACAAAUACGCAAGAAAGGAAGGGCACACUUCGGGGCUGCAGAUACUCCUAUUCCCACGUAGGUUUAUCUGCACCUUAGACUAUGAUAACUCUUUAACAAGAGCCUCUGCUGAACCACCUCUCAAGGCCACACUCGAAAUAAUCAUAAUAAUCGCUUCAAUUAUU